UCUUAAACGCGACGACAGACUUGUGUGCGUGCUAAUUGCUCUCAAGUGUUUGUACAAGAGGUACGUGAUGUGAUUAUUCCUGCUGAAAAUGCUCCACCAUUACAACUACUCGACUUCCCUGUCCCAUUUCCUGAGUUACCACCACCUGGAGGACCAGCAGUUGAGCGAAAAUGAGCACCAGUCGGGUGGGCUUUGCGAGGAGCAGGAAGAUCCCCGUUGCAGGAGCAAUUCUUCUGCUAGUAAUAACAAAUCCUUCACAAUUGCGGCAAUCCUGGGACUAAAAAAUGACUCGAAUCAGGACGACACGGCGACGGAUUUGAGCGUCGUCAAUUUGAGCGUCCAUCAUCCACAAGUCUCGAAUUGCAAUCGGUUGCAACUUCCGGUACGUCACAAUACCGCUGCAGUAAGCGUGACAGGACAUUACUCGGUCGGGCAUGGGUGCCCCCAAAGACAAGCAGUGAGAGGAUUGAAACAUCUCUCGUCGUCAGUGAUACAGAGUAAAAAAAGUUGUAAAAGUAAAAGAGUUCGAACGAUUUUCACUCCGGAGCAGUUGGAGAGGCUCGAAGCGGAAUUCGAAAGACAACAGUAUAUGGUCGGGCCCGAACGGCUCUAUUUGGCUCAUACCUUACAGCUGACUGAAGCUCAAGUUAAAGUUUGGUUUCAAAACAGGAGGAUUAAGUGGAGGAAGCACCAUUUAGAAUUGACACAUCAACGUCUUGCGGUUUUGAAACAACAGCAACUUCUUCUUGACGAGGCUCCCGACGUUCAAGACACGAAUAGUUCGAGCACCGACACGUGAAAGCUCCAUUCAAAUUGACUUAAUCAAGU